AUGGCGUUCGCUCCUACCCUGCACCACGAGCUCGGCUCACAGGUGUCGAAGCCCGAGGCGGCUGCGACAAAUCCAUUCAUUGCUUCAAAUGAGACCAGUCUACGCCCCUCUGCAGAGAUAAAUACAGAACACACCAUUGAGCAACAUCUGCAGGAUGCACCGCGCACUCUGCCUGCACAAGCGGAGCCGGAACAAGCUCAACAGGUAUUCGAGCGAGCUCCGUUGCCGGAAACGAGUCGGUACCGCCAGUUGGCUAUCACUACGCUGAUUGUCAUAUCGAACCUGGCUCAGAUGAUUGUCAACUUCGCUGGUGUUGCCGGUGGCCGAACGUUCAUCGAGUCUAUGGGCGUCAAGCAAACAUACGCCACCUGGAUCGCCGCAAGUUAUGGCCUCACCCAAGGGACAUUCGUCCUCAUGAGCGGCCGUCUCGGCGACGUCUACGGCCACCGCAAGAUGCUCCUUGGGGGCGGCUCCUGGCUCGUCCUGUGCUCAUUCAUCGGCGCCUUCGUCCACACCAAUUUCUUCGCGUUUGUGACGAUGCGCGCGCUCGCUGGUGUCGGGGGCGCCUGUAUCAUGCCGAACGCGGUGGCCAUGAUCGCGAUCACGAAUCCGCCGGGGAGAGUCCGGAACCUGAGUUUAGGGUUCUUUGCGGCGUCGGCGCCGCUGGGAGGGUACUUUUCUGCGUUGUUCCUUGGAGCGUUUAUGGAGAAGACGCAUUGGAGGUGGUUCUUCGUUUUUGUGGCUGGUCUGAUUGCCGUGAUAUUCGUACCUCUCUGGCUUCUCAGCAAGAACCAGCCGACAUCGAGUCGGAACGAAAAGAUUGAUUGGAUUGGUGCUGCUUUGGGUACAAGCUCGCUGAUUAUAUUCAAUUUUGUCUGGAAUCAAGCGCCCAGUGUUGGCUGGUCAACACCUUACGAAAUUGCGCUCCUCGUGGUGUCGGUCGUACUGUUUGCCCUGUUCAUCGUCUGGGAGCAUAAGACACCCCAUCCUAUAAUGCCACCCUCCAUCUUCAAAGCCCCGUCCUUUGCCAUCCUCGUCCUAGUGAUCCUCCUCAACUACAUGACCGUCGGUACAGUCCUAUGGUACCAGCUCCUCUGGCUCCAAGAGAUUUGGGGUUGGUCCACGCUUCAAUUCGCCAUAGGCUGGACACCCUUUGUCAUCUGCGGGACAUUUGCAGCCUGUCUCGCCGCCUGGCUAAUCCCCCGGCUCGCAGCGCAAUGGAUCCUGGCCCUGGGUACGGUAACGGUGAUGGUCUCGACCGUUCUGGUAGCUACAAUCCCGUUGAAACAGACCUACUGGGCCCAGAUGUUCCCCUCAAUCGUGCUGUUUUCAUUCUGCCCGGACUUCGUGUAUACGGCUGGCCAGAUCAUCGCUAGCAAUACUGUCCGGCGACACCAGCAGGGCGUUGCGGGGUCCAUUAUCGGGACGCUGAAUCUGUAUGGGAAUAGUCUGGGGCUGGGGUUUGCAUCCACGGUCGAGGUGCAGGUUGCGAAGACGUCGGGGAACAACGUAACCGGCUACCGUGCGGCAUUGUACUUUGGGGUCGCGAUUAGUGCUAUAGCGCUGCUUCUGGAUGUUGCGUUCGUGAGGAGGGUCAAGGAUGAGAGGGAGGGGUGGGAGGAGGGCGACACCGACGAUGCGAUUGAGCUGACGCAGGGUGCCACGACGGGUGCGCAGGUCUCGAGGCUCGAGGCGGAACAGGGGUCCGUUGUUCAGAGAGUCGAGUGA